CCGUUACAGUCUUUCAAUCUCGUGCGCAGAAGAACGUUCUUAAAAAUAUGGAACUUACGUUAACAAUUACGUAGAUGUAUAACUGUUUUUAUUACGAGCACGGAUCAACGUUAAAAUCGUCAAGAUCGGAAUCGACACAGUUUUCGUUUUUUCUGCGCUCGUGUUUGGCCAAGACCUUUCAAAGGUUCAGUUCUUCAGCUACCUUAAUUACGGCCGUAAGAUAGGCAAUCCGAACAGCCACACACUCUGAUAUAUAUAACUACUUUUAAUCGUUUAUGCAACAUGCAUUCAUCUAUGUCUGCUAGAAUUUUGGAAGAUUCGCCCAAUGCGCGCAUCAAUAAGACGAUAUUGGAUCGUUAUUUGACUCUGCCGCUGGAGGAUAAUGUUGUGCAGGCGACCUACGUGUGGAUCGAUGGAACUGGCGAGGAUUUGCGCUGCAAGGAUCGUACACUCGACUUCAUACCAUCAAGCCCAAAGGAAUUGCCCGUUUGGAACUAUGAUGGCAGCUCAUGCUAUCAGGCGGAGGGCAGCAACUCGGACACCUAUCUGUAUCCGGUGGCUAUUUACAAGGAUCCCUUCCGACGUGGCAACAACAUUUUGGUCAUGUGCGACACCUACAAGUUCGAUGGCACACCGAGCAACACGAACAAGCGUAAGACUUGCCUGGAGGUGGUCAACAAGUGCAUCGAUGAGGAGCCUUGGUUUGGCAUUGAACAGGAAUACACAUUCCUUGACUUCGAUGGUCAUCCAUUAGGUUGGCCCAAGAAUGGUUUCCCCGGUCCCCAAGGUCCCUACUACUGUGGCGUCGGAGCCAAUAAGGUUUAUGCCCGUGAUAUUGUGGAUGCACAUUAUCGCGCUUGUCUCUAUGCUGGCAUCAAGGUGUCCGGCACCAAUGCGGAGGUGAUGCCCGCCCAAUGGGAGUACCAGGUGGGACCCUGUCUAGGCAUCUCCAUUGGCGACGACUUGUGGAUGUCGCGUUUCCUCUUGCAUCGCAUCUCCGAGGAAUUUGGCAUUGUGGCUACUUUGGACCCCAAGCCGAUGCCAGGUGAUUGGAAUGGCGCUGGAGCACACACAAAUGUGUCCACAAAGGCAAUGAGGGAGGAUGGCGGCAUUCGCGAUAUUGAGAAGGCGGUGGCCAAGCUAUCCAAGUGCCAUGAACGUCACAUUCGUGCCUACGAUCCCAAGCAGGGACAGGACAAUGCCCGUCGUCUUACCGGCAGGCACGAGACGAGCUCAAUCAAUGACUUUAGUGCCGGUGUGGCAAAUCGUGGUUGCAGCAUACGCAUUCCACGUGGCGUCAAUGAUGAUGGCAAGGGUUACUUUGAGGAUCGUCGGCCGAGCUCCAAUUGCGAUCCCUACUCGGUGGUGGAGGCUAUUUUGCGCACCAUCUGUCUGGAUGAGUAGAUCAGACCAUCGCAUGCGAAGAUAAUGUCACUUCACUUGACCCGGACCCGGACCCGCCAAUAUCCUACCCCCCCCCCCACCCCCCCACCAGAAGGCGGAGUAAACCUAGGCAAAGCCAUAUAUAUUUAUACCCAACGUAGUAAUUUUUUUUUUCUCUCAAUCCUAGAUUGCGAUCCUAAAUGCGAGUUUGCGUUAACAUUAAGUAGCUGUUAAUGUAGUUGAAAUAAUCUUUUUUUUUGUUUAUUGUUGAGCAUUGUUGUUAGGUUAUAAAUAUAUUAACGAAGAAACAUUGAGAGAAGGCUUAAAGCUGUGCGUCGAAAGAAUGAUCGAUCCUAGCCCAAAGCUAGCCAACACAACAUUACCAAGAAGAAGAAUAGAAAGAAUAGCUAAGAAUACCCAACACACCCACCAAUCCUAACAAUAAAUGGACAUCAAACCGAAACAG